AUGACAUGUCAGAUGGCUUAGUAAUAGAAUCAUCUCAGUCACUGUCAUUUCUCCACAAUUUUGAAGUCAUCACACAGUCCCAUCCUACUUGUCUUGUUCUAUAUGCUAUUUACAAAAGUAAAACAGACCUUAUCCACCAUCUGAAGAUGUAUGCUAUCACAAACUACUUUCAAUACAGAACAAAGACCUCUAGGAAAAUAUCUUUACAUGUUAUUUGCUUAGAUCCAAAAUGUCGUUGGACUGUUCGAGCUGUAAGACUACCUGGCGUACAAAUGUUUCAAAUUAGAAGAUUCUGUCCAGAACACACAUGCUCUAUUGAUUAUAGACAAGGCAAACAUAGACAGGCAACUGCUACUGUGAUAGCAAAACUUAUUGCACACAAAUACCUUGAUGCUUCCAAUAAACCGUACCCACCAAAACAAAUUCGUGAAGACAUGAGUAUGCAAUAUGGAAUUUCCAUGUCAUACAAAAAAUCUUGGAAAGCACAGAAGAAAGCAAUGCAGCUGCAAUUUGGUUCUGAUCUUGAAUCCUAUCAGGUUUUGCCUUCUAUGGCUUAUGUGCUUGAGAUGGCGAAUCCUGGCUCUAUGUUUGAUCUAGUCACAGGGAAGGAUGAUGCAUUUUGUACCUUUUUUAUGUCAUUCAGAGCAUGGAUAGAAGCUUGGCCUCACUGUAGACCUGUUCUUAUACUGGAUGGUUCAUUCCUGAAGGCUUACUAUAAAGGCACUCUUC